UUUGCCAAAGAGUUUGCCGUUGGCUUCGUUACAGAGCGAACAGAAGCAGUGCGCCCCCCACGACAACAUUCAGUUUCGAAACACGCGGACAUCGGCAAGGUUCGGCCUUGCUGCGGAGAGUUUUGCAGAAGAAUGGAAUCGAAAGCCGUAGGAACUGAUAAUGGGAACUACUCGGGCACAGUACUCUACAAUGUGCUGUCCAAGGAAAGGGCACUCAGAUGGAGACUCGCCUGGUACUAUGCCGUGGCCUUCCUGCUGCUCUGGGUGGCACUCUUCUACGCUGUCGUUGUGCCGCUCUUCCACCGUCUGCCGGAUAGAAUAACCCUUGCACAGGAGUCCCUCAAGCCCGGCCAAUUUGUGGCGGAGAGAGCGCAGAAUAUGCUCUACCACUUCGAUCGCAUUGGACCCAAAGUGGUUGGCAGUGUGGCGAACGAGGUGACAACGGUUGCCUUUCUCGUAGAUGCACUGGAAAAUGUUCGCAGGGAUAUGCGCAGCGAUCUCUACGAGCUGGAAGUGGAUGUGCAACAGCCAGCGGGGGCCUUUACAAUUGGAACUAUGACCAGCAUGUAUCGGGGCAUCCACAAUGUGGUUGUCAAGCUCAGCACGAAGAGCUCCAUAAGUUCAUCGUAUCUCCUGCUCAACAGUCACUUUGACUCGAAGCCAAGCAGUCCAGGUUCCGGCGACGAUGGCACCAUGGUGGUGGUCAUGCUGGAGGUGCUGCGCCAAAUGGCCACAUCGGAGACGCCCUUCGAACAUCCCAUUGUAUUCCUGUUCAACGGCGCCGAGGAGAAUCCCCUGCAGGGCUCUCAUGGCUUCAUCACCCAACACAAGUGGGCGCCCAACUGCAAGGCCGUCAUCAACCUGGAAGUGGCUGGCAGUGGGGGGCGUGAUCUGCUGUUUCAGAGCGGACCCAACCAUCCCUGGCUAAUGCAGUACUACAAAAGUCACGCCAAGCAUCCGUUUGCCACCACCAUGGCCGAGGAGAUCUUUCAGUUUGGAAUGCUGCCCUCCGACACUGACUUUCGAAUCUUUCGGGACUAUGGCCAGGUGCCGGGUCUGGAUAUUGCACAAAUUGACAACGGUUAUGUCUACCACACUGUCUUUGACAACUUUGCGGCCGUUCCAGGGCGAUCCGUGCAGAGCACCGGUGAAAAUGUCCUCGCACUGGUACGGGCCUUUGCCAAUGCCAGCGAAAUGUACCACACAGAGGAGCAUAGCAAAGGACAUUCCGUCUUCUUUGACUUUUUGGGUCUCUUUUUUGUGUGCUACACCGAGACCACUGGCAUAAUCCUGAACUGCGUCAUUGCCGUGAUCAGCCUGGUGCUGGUGGGAGUUUCCCUGUGGAGAAUGGCCCGCGUGUCUGAGGUGACAGCUGGUCAGAUAUCCAUUUGGUUCGGCAUCAUUCUGGGGCUCCAUGUGGUGGGUUUCGCGCUCUGCCUGGGCCUGCCCCUGCUCAUGGCCGUGCUGUUCGAUGCCGGGGAUCGGUCGUUGACGUACUUCAGCAACAACUGGCUGGUGAUUGGCCUCUACGUGUGCCCGGCAGUCAUUGGUCUGGUGCUCCCCCUCACCCUCUACUACACACUCAAGCCAAAUGGACAGUUGAGCCACGCCUACCAUCUGCACAUCAGUUUGCACGCUCAUUGCGUGAUCCUGGCGCUCUUGGCCAUCGCCUUGACUGCAAUAGGCCUGCGUAUACCAUACCUGUGCAUGAUUUCGAUGUUUUUCUAUGCUGCCGCCCUGCUGAUCAAUCUGCUGGGCUGCUUACAUGAGCGCGGGUACUACUGGGUAUUGACUGUGCAAAUUCUGCAGCUCAUGCCGUUCGUGUACUUCUGCUACCUUUUCUAUACAUUCCUCGUGGUCUUCUUUCCAAUGAUGGGCAGAAAUCGCGACUCCGUCAAUCCCGACAUGCUCAUUGCCUUGAUCUGUGCUCUGGGAACCUUUUUUGCUCUGGGAUUUGUGGUUCCCCUGAUAAACAUGUUCCGCUGGUCCACUCUCGUGCUGGUUGGCCUGGGAGUUGUCACCUUUGUAUUCAGCAUGAUCGCUGUCUCGGAAGUUGGGUUUCCCUACCGCCCCAAGACCAGUGUGAUGCGAGUGAACUUCCUGCACACUCGUCGCAUCUUCUACGAAUACGAUGGCUCCGUGAGUGUAAAUGAUUCUGGCUACUACUUCGACUAUCAGGACAGGCGAGCACUGCGCCCCCUCCGCGAUUCAUCCGUCAAUUUGACUGGGCUAACGUCCGUGGAGCCGUACUGCGACAGGUACGUAGUGUGUGGCAUGCCCUGCUUCUGGAGCAGCUGGUGCAGAGCUCUGUCCAGCGCUGCCUGGCUGCCACGCGACCAGGAAGUCAUACCAGCCGGCAACUUGGCGUUGGAGCUCUUGGAUAAAUCAGCUAUUGGGCGGGGAGGAACCGUGAGGUACGCAUUCGAGCUGGUGGGACCGCCGCACAUGAGUCUGUUUAUACGACCGCUUGAAGGGGUCGUUAUCGAGGACUGGUCCUUCAUCAGAAACAUGCUGGACGAGCCGGAGAAGUACACGGCGCCCUAUCAAAUAUACUUCUCAUACGGCAGCACGGAUAUUGCGCCCAUAAAGUUUCACAUCGACUUGGCGACAUCCGAUGGAGAUCGGGCUCUCGAUGCACCGAUCUUCGAGCUGGGAGUUGUGGGCCACUACGUUAGCUACGAUUACCAGCGGGACGCAGACAGCUUGAAGUUCGUGGCGGAUUUCCCAGACUUUGUUCAUGUCAUGGAGUGGCCGGCAUUAUUUAAGCGAUAUAUAUACUGAAAUCUUGGAGAUCUUUAUAGGCGUAGAUACUAGAUUAUGCAUUAUUAUUUAUUGUGUCUUCCCCCAGACGCCUGGAGUCGCGACUGAGAUAAGAAUUAUCGGCAUUAAUAUAACAAGCGAGCGUCAAGUGUCAAGCGUCACUCUCAUCGGACUUUUGGCUGCUGCCAGUGGAUGAUGACUAAGCGGUUAAUCGCUGCUCUCGUGCCUCGGAUUCUCUGGCUAUUUUGAAGUUGGGGCUGUAAACAUCCUCCAAUUAAGAUACCCCGAACGGGCAUGGGCACUGGCACAUGCACAAGCCGCCUGUGUGAGGUGCGCCUUAAGACACAGUGGCCAGCAGAUCCAUAUCUUGAAGC